UUUCAUCUGCUACCUGUUCGGCCACAGUGGCCAUUUUAUGCAUAAGUAUCAGUGAAUUCCGAAGAGAAAGAAAAAGCUAAAAGUGCUGAAUUCGCAAACCAAAAAUGGUUGUCUGCACUGCCGCCAUGCCAAUGGAAGCGAGGCAGCAGACGCCGCAGACGCCGCAGACAAAGGAUCCGCCCAGACUCAUGGAUGGGCCCCCUGGUGGCCAAGGCCAAGGCGGGGUAGAAGAGGACGAUCGCGAAGAGGGCGAGAUUGUGGAUGACUUUGAGAUGAUAAUCUCGUCGGAGGACGAGGAGUUCAAGCUGCGCGCCCGCAUCCAGCAGCUGGAAGAGAACAACAAGGAUGUGGAGCGCAUGGAUAUGUUGUCCGCCAAUUUGGCGAAUCAGUACAAUUACUCAAAGCCCGUGGAGCGUGAUUUUCGGUACCAGCACAAGCCGACCAUUUACGUGUUGUCGGAUGUGUCCAGCCAGUCGGAUAACGAGUUCCUGGAGCAGCGCAAGCAUCGCAGGCACAAGAUACGUCGCCUGGACCAAGCUGACAAGACUCAUCAUCGGAGAUCGAUUGUAGAUGAAGACUAUCGUCGGAAUCCCCUAAGCAGGCGCACCAAACACAAGCAGCUGUCGCCUUCGCCGCCGCCUCUGCAUCGUCGCCGGCAGGGAUAUAACCAUCACCAGCAACGUCACUUUCACCAGCAGCAGCACUACGGGAACUCGCCGGCACACCAUCAGGAGGGCAUUUUGCUUGAAUCCCUGGACAGUGCCACCGACGACGACUGUGAUGUGAACAUUGACAGCGAGGACGACGAGGUGGCGGACCUGCAGAGGCUCAAGCUUAGUCGGCACAAGCUGCGCGUGGCCCUGGCUCUAGAGGAGCGGCAGGAGGAGCUGGGCCAGUACAAAAAUAGUUUAAAGGAGCGACUAGAGCGACAAAACCGUUUGCGCAAGUCACCCAGUCCGAAGUACAGAAAGGAAUACCCUCGGGAGAACAACAUUGAGCUGCUGCCACCGUUGCAGGUACUCUCCGACGCCGACGCCGAGGAGGAUGAGCCCGAACCAAAUCCCCACCAGCAGCAGCAGGAACAGCAGCCUGAAGAUCCUGCUGAGCUGAGGCUGCGACUGAUAGCCCUGAAAUCAGCCAUUCUCAGGAAGCAUCAGGCACGCAAGAAACGGGAUGCGGAGCGAGCCUACUCACCCACCGAUAUGAUCAAUCGCGUGCAUCCCGUCUCCAAUGACGAUGACAUCGACGACCUAAUGGAGAUCAGUCCAGCCGCGUCGCCAGAGCGCAUACCAAGUCCCCCAAGAUUCCUGAUAGACGAUGCUGUGGACACGAAGCCAGUGGACAUGGAGUUGGCCGAGACGGACAGCGAUGAUCAGCACAAUGCCUGGGAUGCGUGGUCCAACAACUGGAACUCAAUGGAUCACGCAGGCGGUAGUUGGCGCUGCUUCAUGCCCAACUCCCUGCCGCCCGUUUCCAUGCCCAUUGUGAUAGACGAGGAGGAUGAGGAGGAAGACAUCAAAGCGGAAUUUUGUAAGGGGAGAGCGCUUGAAAUUUUCACGGACGACGAGGUGCCACCACCACCGCCACCGUUUCACAUUCCACAUAUGCACCUGGAGGAUGAGGAUGCCCGGGACGCCAUGCAUUUGGUUGAUCAGCAUUCCAACCACAGUUCCGUCACGGACAUGCAGUCCGUUACCAUGGACAAUUCGCAGACGCGCAGCAAGAGUCUCGACAAAUAUCAAGCGGACACGAGUGAUGACGAGGCCGGUGCCUUGCGAGCCAUGCUUUUGUCCAACUUACGGCCAAACAAACCCCCACUGCCGCCGCCUCCGCCACCUGCAGAGCCUUCCCUGCCGCCUGUUACCUAUUCUGUUCCUCCUCCUGCAGCUCAAGUCAAUGAAGAACCACACUCGGCCAGCGACUCUGAUGAUCCGGAAGAGUUGCGUUCACUGCUCCUUUCUAGCAUUGCCACCAAAAAGCGUAUAAGCCAUCCGCAAUCAAGAUCAGCGACCAGUCCGCUGAUCCUUAAGAAUGCAGUAAGGCGCUUCCAGCCUAUUAAAGAUGAAGAAGCUUUAGAGGAUCAGCAACCAGUUGAAGAAGGAGAAGACAUCAUUGAGCCAAAAGGUGAUGAAAAAGACCUAGAUGAAGAACUUCCACAAAAUCAGCAGACGGUUGACAAAGAGCUUACAGAACAAACAGCUGAGGAAAGGAUUGCUGAGCCAAGUAUUACGGAAACUGCUUCUCCAAUCUCAAUGGAAGUUGCAGAAACUCCACAGCCGCCAGUUGUUGCCACCCAAAAAUCCAUCCAGGCCACGCAGCCCACUUCAUCACCGUCCACCAAGAUCAUUAAAAUCGUUAAGCCCAACAAGGUGAUCAACAAGAUGACAACGACCAAGCGAAAACUGCCAAUGGACGAGGCAUCCGCCUCGGGUUUAAGCGUCAAACGUCCAACGACAUUAAUGAUCAAGGAGCCCAGCGCUCCGCUGCAUCGUAAAAAUGGGAUCUCAUCUAGCACACGCCUUAUUACCACCAUGGAUCCGGCCAGCAUCAAGGUGAACAAGUUGGUCAUCAGUCUGGGGGAGGAGUCAGCUGCCAGCGAUGAUGACUUGGACCUGGGAUUGUGCUCCUCCUAUGCCAGUUACGCGGACAUUGCCAGUCCUCUGAGCUUGACCAUGGGUGGCAGUCCCAGUGGUUCCACCACCAGAUCAAAUACUCCCAUAUCAGAGAUUGCGGAUACGGCGCCUAGCGAUAAUGGCAACCUCAGGCGAACCUUGAUCAAUGAGUACUUUGAGAAAAAGAUUGAUGACUUCCUAAGGCAGGCGAGAUCAAAGGCACCAGCAAGUGGCGAUUCGGCGGAGGCAGCGACGACGACGACAGCUGCUCCAGAGAAGGUGCCCGAGAACCCCAAGGUGAACGGAAAACAACAGCCUGCAGUUACUACUCCCAAGAUGAUGCAGCAGACAAAGACUACGCCCGUGGCUGUGCGGCAUUUGCCAGUGGCGUCGCAGAAGGAGUAUCUUCGAUUGGUAGAGCGAAUGCGAUUGCUGGAAAAGAAAAAGAAUCUGACAGCGAAAACAGCAUCUCCUCCGGUAGCAGCAAGUAAAGGGUCCGCUGCGGAGAAGCCUAUGCCCGCCAAGAACGGCUUUCAUCAGCCAGCCAAAGCAGCCUUAGUGCCUACUUCCACCAGCAGUAAGGCAACUAUGACGCCAGGAAAGCCUCAGGCCAAGACAGCGUCAACCAAAGCUAGCAACCAAAAGACAAAGCAAAGCCAACCGCCCAGGGAGAGUCGGCUGAAGGCCUUUGAGAACUCCUUUGCCAAGAUCGGCUCCAGCAUGAUAACCAAUCUGGACAAGUCUCUGCAAAUGGUCGAGGAGGCCAAAAAGUCCAAGAUUAUACGCCUGCGCUGUUCGCAGCGCCUCAAUGAGCUCUAUGCCGAAAUGCAGUCCGUGAAGCAGGCUGCCCGACAGGAGGAACUGAAGCUGUCGCGAAUUCAGCCGGAGAUUCAAGCCAGCCAUGAGAUCAUCAUAUCACUGAAACAGAAACGACACAAGCUCCGAGCAGCGGCCCUGGACCUGGGCCGAGGAUUAAGGGGCGAUGACUACAGGUUACGCGACGAUGGCAAGGAGGAUAUCAGCCUCAAGUCCAAGCAACUCACCAAGGAGAUACGUCUCUACAAUUCCAUUGUGAAGUACGACGACCUGAACAAACUGACUGAAGUGGAGAAGGAACCAAAAACUGUGAUUGAAAAUGGGGUAGAACGAGAGGAUAUUCCAGCCGAGCAGCCAAUCGAACUGAAGGAGACGUCCAGUCCCAGCGAAACGGCAGUUCCAGCUAUUGUAGAAACGGAGAAGGAAGGCCAACCUGAACCAGAACCGACGGCGGUGGAGACUCCAGAUAAUCAGGCGCAGGACGAGGCGAUAGAAGCUCCCAAGCAGGACUCGCCAGGGCCCUAUACGAUAAGCACAAUGCGGACGCUGUGCGAGGAGAACACUGAGCCAGAGCCGAGGUCAGCUAGUAGCCACUACCUUCCGGCUUACCAAACGCCCAUGCCGCGGAACUACAACAGUCACCUGGAUGUCCAUGCCACCAUCUGUCCGUUCGAUCUGAUGGGUCGCUGCGAGGAUGCGGACUGCUCCUACCUGCAUUUAGCUCGUCCCGAUGCUCCCAGCGAGCUGCCAAAGACAACAAACCUCUCUCCCAUUCACUAACAAAAGAAAAACUCACACUAAAAUCACUAAAAAGUAACCAAAAAGAUAUUUAUUAGCGUGCUUGAAUUCUGGUAAGUUGAACUCUUCACGCGACUUAAUAUUUAAAUGUUGCUUUCAGUCAACUUUAAACACAAAAAAAAAAGAAAAACAAAUCAAAUGCCAAGCAUGUGAAGAAGAGCAGCAGUAGCAGCCGUCGCAUCGAGUGCAAAACCCAAAAAAAAAAAGAAAAGAACAAAGAAACACAAUCGAUCGUUACUUGGUUGUACCUUGUUUGUUAUGUACAUUUAUAUAGAGUAUAUCUCGCGUAGUGCAAGUUCAAUGUUCGUCGACGCCGACGAAACGGCGAUGAUGUUCGGAUGUGCAUUAUCUUUACCUUUUUCGUUUUUCUUAUGUUUUUUUAUAUAAUCUACUCCUCAACUCGCCAUAUGAAAGAGUGCCCAAAGAAGGGUGUACAGCUAGAAAAGAUUUGCUUUAAAUUAAACAUUUUUGAUUGCUAACUGAGUACUAGUAGCCAACAUUUACUUUUCAUUUCGAAAUCAAUUUCAAAUAGCCAUUAUAUUUGUAAUUAUUAUAAAGUUUUCUAAAAAGCCAAAACAAAAU